CAAGCAAGCAAUAACAAUUAUUCGGAAAGUACAUCCCAAAGACCUAAUCCUCUUAUUUCUCGAUCUUUGUCUCUCUAAGGCUUCGGCCGAUUCUAUCUUUCUAUUCUACUUCUUCCCCAAAAUUCUCAAUCUCAAUCCCUAUUUCUAUCUUCUAAUCCCUAAAUCCCCAAUUCUCUUCUAAAAUCCUAAAUGUCGAUCCAAUCCACAAACCCGUUAGAAACUUCGGGCGCAAAACGCGGUGAGAAAGAUCAGGCUGGAACGCGAGGCGAACUGGAGGUACCGGAAAAAGAAUCAAAGGACAGGCGAAGAGCGCGAUAGGGGGGAACAAAGUGCCCCUGAGCUGUCGCCCGUCACAGACGACAUCGGGAACGAGAGGUUGGCGAAGCAGGUACCCGUUGUGAUAGCCAUCAUGAACGGAGCGCCGUCCUUCCCUGCCGCCGCGAUCUCUGAGAUGACAAGAAUCUCCGAGGUUCACUUGGCGCAGGCACACCACCGCAGCAGAAUCCUCUACUCGUCGACGGAACGAAUGACUGGCUUCGUGGGGAUCUCGGGCAUGAAGACAAAGCCGAAGACGACAAAGAACGAGAAGACGGAGAAGAAGCCCAGCGCGACGACUCUGUUUGUGCUAGUAAUGGCAGUGUCAGUUGAGGCAAAGGGUCGCCGAGUGGGGUCGCACGACGGGAAGGAAGCUCAUCAUAGGAGAACUGGACGAUGUCGAGUCGUGGGCUUGACUCGCCGGAACUUCGAGUCGCGCAAGGAUCACAGCUAUUGGCAUCAAAUCCCGUCGUGACGUUGAGCGGAGGAGAGAAGAGAUCGAGGGCGUGCGACAAAGGUGCGGCGAGGUUGGAGAAGAGGGUGGUUCAUCCGCCGAAGGAGGGAGAAAUGAGGAAGAGGAGCGGCAGCAGCGGCGACGGGUUCCUCCUUUUCGCAAACCCUAAGCCACCUGCGCUCUCCCUAGGCCGGGGGCUAAUUAUUGGGCCAUACAUGAGCAACUUGACGUGGGCUCUUCUCUAUGGCGUCGGGCCAGACACAAUGGUUGAUGCAGAUCAGCCAAACAGACAGAAGAUUGAAGAGAAGUGGGUCGAACAAGAGCUAAUGAACAUGCCAAUGAUGACAUUUAUGUGGGCCGGGUACUUACAAGUUAAUGGGCCGAGCAGGAAAAAUGAAAGCCUACUGCAAGAAACUAAUGGGCUGAGUCUCCAAAGAGGGCUUGGGCCAAUGGAUAAAAGUAAGGUUUUGGAAGGGCCAAUUAACUUGGAUUGGACGCAAGUUGGGUCAGUCUGGGGAAUUAGACUAAGGUGCGACUCAUGAGGGCUGUUGAUGCUAAGCGACCGGUCGAAUUGAAUUGGAAGAAAAGGAAGCGCAGGCCACGGAGUAAUAGACUCGCGGAUCACGCAAUCAAGGAAGGAAAAUGAGUGAAGUCGGUCAAACUUGAGGGUAAGGUUGGUCUCAAGGGGAAGGAAUGAUAGAAACCUAUUCCUUUAGGAUUUAUAUUAUUAUAUAAUAUAUAUAUGGUUAGUAUUCUUUUAGUAGAAUUAGGUUUAUUAUUAGGAUUUUCUAUCUUUCUUAUAAAUAUGUAAUCUGGGU